AUGUUCAAGUCUUGCCUGCUGGUGAUGAUCUUCACCUUCUUGCGCACGCCGUCGGCCGUGCGACAACAGGUCCAUGCGGCGGCCACGGCCAGAGUCCCCUCGGAUCGCUACCUGGAUGAACAAAACAGCCGCUAUGACCCGGACUACGCAACAGAAAACCCAGAUCACAUCCAGAAUAUCAUUGACAAGUGUGGUGGCGAGACAAGGACAACAUGCAUUCGCAAAACGCUUGAGAAGUACACUCCCUACUUCACCAAAUGGGAUGUCACGUACACCACGAACCUGUUGCAAUACAAUCGGUAUUACCCAGUCUUCAUGGAGCGCUCGACGCGGCUCAUGUUUCAUUUCGGCUUCCUGCACCAAUCGACCCUCUUCAUCAGCAGCAUGUAG